AUGCUGCAGCAUACGGUGCGUCGCGUAGCCUCCGCGGCCACCGCUCAGUCGGCGUUAUUUUCCGCCAAUUCGCUAGGCGCCCACGCGCCGAAAGCGGCCGCCUCACUCGCGACUCCUCAACGAAAGGGCCCUCUUCACCAGCGAAGAUACUCUUCCUCGAAGCCGAGCAGCCCCAAGAACCGCUCCAAUGGACCCAAGGGCCUCCCCACGGGCGAUGCCGUCUCGGCCACCGCCUCGUCUAGUGAGGUGAAAACUCCAUCCGAGAAGAGGAAACGCAGGAGCAAGGUCAACGACGGGUCGAGCGAUCCCUUCCAAGGAUUUCCUAGCGUUCCUAGUACUCAACACCUCUCGCAAGAAGCCUUGGGUUUGUCAAGUUUCUUCUCCAUGCACCGCCCAAUCUCCAUCACCCACAGUUUACCCCGAACCACAUCCGACGAGGCCUUCGCCGAGAUCUUCUCUGCCCGGUCCGCCAUCAACAAGCCCAACGACGUCAUUUCGACUCUCUCCCGCGCGGUCGAUGAUCUAGAAGGACCCAUGGCAAAGAUGACCAUUUCCAGGGAGGGCCAGGCUGAACAGGCCGGCGAGGGCAGCAUGACCGGCCAGUUCCUGCCCUUCCAACCUCCUCCCCUUCCAGAGCCCCAGGCCGCAAAUGGUCAAGUCUUUGGCGCCUCGUCCGAGGCUGACCUCGAACUUUCCCCUCAGCACCGAGUUUAUCGCGCCAUGUUCACUAUUGAGGAGACGCUCGAUGCCGAUGGCCAGGUCCAUGUCCUAGCCCACAGCCCCAAGAUCCUCAACGACGAACCCGGUAGCCGAUACAUUGACCGUCUCCGGAGAAUGAGGCACGAGGACGCUCUGCGUAGGAGGGAGGUGCUUCACGCCAUCAGCGUAAAGAAGCGCAGAAAGCUCAAGAUGAAGAAGAAGAAGUUCAAGAAGAAGUUGAAGUCCUCGAGGAAACUCAGGGAGAGACUGCAUAAGAUCUAA